AUGAGUCGCCACCCGAGCACCAAGUGGGCGCAGAGGCUGGACAAGGUUUACCUGACGAUUGAGCUGCCCGACGCCAAGGAUGUGAAGCUCAACUUGAGGCCUGAUGGCCAUUUCAACUUCUCGGCAAAGGCCCCUGCUGAUGGCAUGCAGUAUGAGCUUGACCUUGAGCUCUUUGAUGCUGUCAGCGUUGAGGAGAGCCAAGCGGCUGUUGCCCCGAGGGCUAUAUGCUACCUUGUCAAGAAAACUGAGGCCAAGUGGUGGCCUAGGCUGCUCAAGAAGGAAGGCAGGCCGCCUGUGUUCCUCAAGGUUGACUGGGAUAAAUGGCAAGAUGAGGAUGAUGAAGACGCUGGAUUUGGUGACUUUGGUGAUAUGGACUUCUCGAAGCUGGACAUGGGAGGUGGUGAUGACGAUGAUGAUGAUGAGAUUGAGGAGGAUGAUGAUGAAGACAAUGUGGUCGACAGUGCUAACAAAGGUGAUGUAGAUGCUGAGACAGAGCCGGGGAGCAAGGGAGGGGAAGCUCCAUCAGCUGCUGGUGAAGAAGCAAAGCCAUAA